UCUCUUUGCUAUCGCGUCCACGGAGAGUUUUAUUGGCGAGCUUUAGAAGAAUGUCGUCUGCUCGUAUUGCUUCAGGUAUUAAAAGCGAGAUAGAACUGACUGAAGCAGAGAACGAGGUCUGCACUUUACUCGAUGAGUGUACGCGGAAUUUGAGGGACGAACAUGGGAUAACAACGUCUUGCAGAAUCGCAGGCGGAUGGGUCAGAGAUAAGCUACUGGGCAAACAGAGCAAUGACAUUGACAUCGCGCUAACCGACAUGAUGGGAGUAACCUUUGCCGAGCACCUGUCAUCUUACAUCUCAAAACAUAAAGACCUGGAUGUACACAAGAUUGCAAAGAUCGAAAGUAAUCCUGGUCAGUCAAAACAUCUCGAGACCGCGCGGACGACUCUAUGUGGUGUUGAGCUCGACUUUGUCAACUUGCGCAGUGAGGAAUAUGCCGAGAAUAGUCGGAUUCCUACAGAAGUGGCUUUCGGGACACCAUUACAAGAUGCACUGCGAAGGGAUAUCACUAUCAAUGCCCUUUUCUACAAUGUUCACGACCGUGCUGUCGAGGACCAUACGAACAAAGGCUUGGAUGAUUUGAAGAACGGCAUAAUCCGUACUCCACUGGAGCCUCUAGAAACAUUCCGGGACGAUCCUUUACGUGUCCUGAGGUGUAUUAGAUUUGCUAGCCGUUUCGGUUUCGAAAUGGUCCCGGAACUGCGUGAAGCCGCACGAGAUCCAGGUAUCCAGGAAGCUCUUUCCGUGAAAAUAAGUCGAGAGCGAGUGGGUGAAGAAAUCGAUAAGAUGAUGAAAGGGCCCAAGCCUUUACGUUCAAUCAAGCUCAUCCACGAGCUUUCACUAUAUUCUUGUAUAUUCUCGAUACCCCCAGAGAUUAUGCAAAUCAUGUCCGCCCCUCUUUCGCAUCUCGACUCUUCUUUGGCAGCUACAAGCGUUCUCCAUGCUUUAAUCUCGACUGAUUCGACAUCAAUAUCGGCAUCGCAUUUACCACCUCUACAUCCCACUCUGUUACACGCCACGCGUGACGUGGUCGGAAAUGCCGCUCGACUAUACCUGGCAUCAGCAUUGUUCCCCUAUCAUGUAAUUACGUAUACCGAUAAGAAGAAAAGGCAGCAUUUGGCAGUUGAAGCAGUUCUCCAAGAAGGUCUCAAAUUAGGGAAGCAGAACCAUUACCUGGAUGGAAUCCCGUCGCUUUUUGCGGCAGCAGAUUUAUUGAAGGACCCCAUCAGUAAAAUAGGUAUGCCGUCAGAACGAGUUGUCAUAGGCUCACUUCUCCGAGAAAAAGUUGUACACAAUAUACACACUGGAUCGCACUGGGCAUCUUCGCUACUUUUCUCUCUCGUCUGUGAAAUAGCGCCAUUAUAUGACGUUUCCGAUAAUACUUUUAAUGCCACAGAGGCGACGAUACGCACUGAGCAAUAUAAUGAUUUCGUAUCCAGAGUUGAGAUGCUAGGUCUGGACAAGGCUGUGGAUGCUAAGCAUAUUGUAAACGGACAAGAAGUUGUGCAGGCGCUCGGUGGGAAUAAAGCUGGGCCUUGGACAGGCAUCAUUCUCGCUCGCGUUAUGGAAUGGCAAUUAGAACAUCCGAGUGGAAGCAAGGUGGACUGCAUAGCCUGGUUACAAGCCGAACAAGCAGCGGGUCGAAUUGAUGUUGACGAGUUGACCGCCUCUGUAGUAGGAAACAAGAGAACCCAGACUAGUGACCAAAAUCUUUCUGUAAAGAAGGUGAAGCGAUAGAUCAUUUUCGAUAUAUAAAUUAAAAUUUUCU